CAUAACUUCGUGUGUUACAUACAAUCCGUUCUAUAAAUUUAAAUAUUUUUAUACUCCGAAAAAAAAACGAAAGUUUAAAAUUUUAACAUUUUAAGUGUAAAAUUUCAAGCGUAAAAUGUCUUCGGGAAAGAGCUCAGACUACAGGGAAAAGGAAGACGGUGACAUGGAGCGCGUUGUGUGGGAGGGCAUGGAUGUUCUGGGGGCGUCAGUUUCCAAGAUGACGAUCCUGAAGAUGGUCAGCGUAGCUACCGAUCAGAAAGUCCUAAAAAUCGUCGAUAGUGUGGAUGAAGCCAUAGAUAAUUUAAUCGGGAAGGGACUAGUCUGCAAGCAAAACGGGAAGUAUCAAAUAGUCAAUAACAAAGUUUAAGAAUCACUAAUAGGGAAUUCUCCCAAGGAAUCCUUCGAUUUUUAUACUUAACCGUGAAGAAAAUAUAUGAUACUUUCUUUACCGAAAUUUUAAAUCACUUUGUAGAAGAAGGAGCUUCCGAGUUGAAGAAAAUUGGCGUAUAGUUUAUACUUGUUGUCUAUGCUGUAAAUUUUUGUGUAAACUGCUAUAAUUUUUUUUCAACUAGUCAUAAAUUAUUUUGUACCCUCAAAAA